AUUAACAGAUGUGCUUGCUUUGAAGAAACUGAUUCAUUUCUUGAUGGGAAGAAAAAUCUUCUUUAGUUUUUCACUUAUCUUUUUAUGUAUAGGAUUUUCAUUAACUUUGGAUCAAAUACUUGCCAGGAAGAAUGUAAGUUUCAUCUCUCGAACAUCUUCAAAUAAAGAAGUGGUUAUAAACGAUAAGCAGAGUAAUGGAGAUGUGAAUCCAAUCCAGAAUUUCACAACAGUACCAAUCACUCAGACUCUCAGCUCCACUCUGAGCAGACAUGGACAUUUAGAAAAAGAACCUUGGAAUGCAUUCAGCCAUCAUAGCCCAGUUAAUGUCUCCAUGGAUGGAAUUCCCUGCAUCCUUUUCUGGGCCAAGGGAAUAACAAUAAAAUUUAAGAAUCAGACCUGGCUGGACCUUACAGAUGAAGCUUUUGGUCAGAAGACAACAGUGGACAUUAGCAACUCAAACUGCAGCGAAGAAAGUGCCAUUUUGUCUCUGAAGUUUGGUGAUGCUGAAAUUCCCAAAGGUCUUGAUAUAAGAUUCACCCUUACCAAUUACAACAAGUUGUACCUCCAGAGCUGGUUUAGUCUGCAGCGAGUUGAGAUUAUUUUCAAUAAUUCAGUCCAAGCAACUUUUAAUGCAACUGGCAUAUACGCUCCGUCGAGUUAUUCCUACCAUUGCCAGCGUGUCAGCAGCCUGCAGCGGUAUGAUGCCCUCUUGCUGCCCAGCUACACAGAUGAUACGUCAAGCCUGUGGGAGGUCACGUUUGUUGAUUUCCAGAUCCAAGGCUUCACCAUCAAGGGGAGGCAGUUUGCCAAGCCCCGAGACUGUGCCUCCUCCUUCUCGCCAGCCAUUCUGAUCGGCCUGGCCAUGUCCCUGAUCCUGCUGCUGGUGUUGGCCUACGCUCUGCACAUGCUCAUCUACCUGCGCUAUCUGGAGCGGCACUACGAUUUCCUCACCUCUCCGGCCCACUUCCCCCAGCUGAAAUCUCGAGAUGCAGCAGAAGAGAAGGAGUUGCUGAGGAGCCAGGGCGUUGAGUGCUAUGAACUGAGAAGCCCACAGAUCUGCAAAAUUUAUGUGUAACGGCACAGGCCCCUCUUCCUUGUGAAGUCCACAGUGGGCUCUGAAAGGAGUUAUUUCUGUCCAUCCUCUUUGACUUGUGAUAUAAAGUGUUUGCCUCAUGGCUUGAUUAAACCAAAACCUACAUGCAGAAACUACAUUUUGGAGCAUCCACUGGCCUACUUAGACUUGAGACAAUGAAAAAGUUGUCCCAGGAAUCCCACAGAGAUAAAUAUGAUUGUUGCCCAAAAACUACUUUGAAAGCAAAAGCAUGUUUCAAGUUAGGAAGACAGAAAAAAACCAGUGAUGCCACUUAGAGAGGGGAAAACAUAUUUGGUCCUUCUUGCUUGUUCCCGUUCAGAUGUGAUAAUAUGGAAAUAAUAAUUCCAAGGUUAUCUAGAAGUUCAGAAUUUAUUUUGUGAAUUUGCAUUUUUAGAAAUUAUAUCCCAAUUUUGUUUUAAGAAGUAGUCUUUCCUGGAGCUGUUUGGGGAAGACUCUUGUCAAUAUGGUAGAACACUCUUUUCAAGGGCUCACUUGUCAUUUACUUUGCUGUUCAGAGGCACCCCAGUUCGAUUUGUGAAAGUGAGGUAACAGUCUUGCAGUUUCUUUCCUAUCUGGUUGUGGUGUCAAGGCUUGUCUCAUUUGUCUGACUGACUAGACCCCCAUUAAUUCUCCUAGGUACCAGUUGAAAUAAGCAGCUGAGCUAAGAACAGUGUCCUUGCUAUUCAUGACAGAUAUCCUAAAACCUUUUCCUGUGCCAUCAUGUCUUUUAAACUCUUCUUUAGUAGAAAUUCUGCUGCCACCAUUGCUCUUCUUCUUUUUUUUUUUUUUUUUAAGAUUUUAUUUAUUUAUUUGACAGACAGAGAUCACAGGUAGCCAGAGGGGCAGGCAGACAGAGAGAGAGAGGAAAGCACGCUCCCUGUUGAGCAGAGAGCCUGAUGCGGGGCUCGAUCCCAGCACCGUGGGAUCAUGACCUGAGCCGAAGGCAGAGGCUUUAACCAACUGAGCCACCCCGGUGACCCCCACCAUUGAUCUUCUUACAGAUGGGUUUCUCCAUAGUCUUUUCCAGUGCUUGACAGAUACUGAAGAUUAGCUUUCCCUGAAUUUUCACCAAAGCUUCUCUAAUCUGCCCUGUGUGCAAAAGAGAUCUUAUGUGUAAAAAGUACCUUGUAUUUCCCUAACUAGCGUUCCACACAUGACCUGCACAAAACUUAGAAAGCAGAUGGGAACGAUGUGGGGUAGAGGAUCAUGCACAUAGUAAUUGAAUCUUCUGGGCAGCUGUGGAAAUGAGUUUACAAUCUAGUACCGUCUUUGAUGCCAAGUGUGAAUGGCAGUGAUUGGGGUUUCUGAUAAAACAGUCUUACGUUGGACAUUUCUUUUGGCUGCAUUACUCUUGGCUGUGACUAUAGGUUUGGUUCCAGCCCUCUCAGAAUUCCGUAAGCUCCUAAUACUCUAUAGUGAAUUUUUUGUUGUUGUUUUAAUACCUGGAGUAGAUUCUGUAUUCUGUAAUAAGAAUCUUGAUUCAUGUGCUUAUUUGUACCAAAGAUAGUUAUAGGGAACAUAAACUAAAGAAUAUGGGAAUCUAGCAUUGAUUUUUUGGCCUUGUUUAGCUGAAAAUCAAGAAGGACACUUAGCGCUAGAUAGUGGGAAACACAGAGCUCACAUCAUUCUAUAAUGAAAUUUUCACUGUAGUUGUUUUGAGUGUCCUUUGGUGGUAUAAGUGGUUGUUGUUGGUAGACUAUAGGUACUUGAAGGGUAAACAUAGCUUAUGGUCCAACUGGGACACUUCUGAAAGUGAAAAUGUCAUUAACAAUUCCUAGAUACAGACGUAAGCAGAAUGAUGCCAGACAAGCUGGGAUAUAUAGUCACCCUAAUAUGGGAAGACCAUAGAAGUAUGGUGAUUGCCCUAUAGGGUGAUACCCUAUAAGGUAAGAUGGCUCUUUCUAACUGUGCUGGAGGGCUUACAGAAAGAAAAUAAUAGAUUAAGAUUAAAAAUUCGCAGCUCAAGUCAUGGUUAAAAAAAAAAAAAUCCAGGGAGUUUUUAUGACUGAUCUACAAGGAUCGCAUACCUCUUAUCAAGGGACUGACAUAGUUGCAAAUCAGACACACAAGUCUGACCCUGCAAAUUGGUAAAAUGUGUGGUAGGUGAAAUUCACAGCCUUGCUGGAUCUCUUCUUAAUGGAUAUGAGAACACUGAUUACAAAACAGAAGAAACUUGAAAUAAGAAUAGUAACUUUGGGCAUAAUUUAGACAGCUUUAAGGACACUGAACCCAUAAAUUCCACCAAGAUUUUCUUGCUAGCAGAAGCAGCCCUGCGAGAUGAAGCUAUUCUGACCUCAGCAAAGAUAGUUACUGCCAGGGGGUGCCGGUUUUCCUCAAUGUCUCUAAAUAAUUAGAAUCACAUUCUAGCAUAUCCCAGGGAAGCAAUUGCAAAGUCAAAUAUGGGAGAAUAAAAAUUGGAAGGUUUUGCUAAUUUAUGCAAGAAAAGACGGAGGGAUAUGUGGAGGAAUGGAUUCUGGAGGUACUAGCUCAGAGAGAGAAGUAUAUAAUUUAUAUUGGGCUAAAUUUUUUAAUAGGUUCUCUUACCAGAUUUGGGGUUAAAUAUUUUGGUUUGAGCAGCUGGCAGUGUUUCUAACUAUUUACUCAAUUGAUUAAGAUAUGGCCUCAACAGUGACACGCACUAAAUGAAAUAGACCAGAAAUUCACUGGUAUAAUAUAGAGGAAGAAAAUAAAUUUAACAUCUUAGAGAAUUGCAAUAUAGGAAUGGACUUAAGCAUGUCCUGCUCUCCAUCCCCAAAACUAUUUUCCUCUUUGAAGGCCCAGUGAACACUUAUGUUGUCAUAGCACUGAGCUAAAAAAUACGUUGGAAACAUAGCUUCAGCAUUUUCGAAAAGUGCUCUAGUGGCUGUCCUCUGUAGGCUAUGGAUGAAGGCAGGGAAUGCUAUCCUUGAUUCCUUAAUGUCAGUGGGAAUGCCUAGAUCCUGGAGUGGCAGAGGUCAGAUAGCAUAACAAUGUUAAGCAGCUUUAGGGCAGGAAUGUUAACCGGAUUGGAUCAUGUUUGUUAAUGGUAAAGUGAUCUAUAUGACAGAUGUAUGGGGGCAACCCACUAAAGAAUCGCAUUUGUCUAAAUAAUCAUAAUCUUAAUAAAAUCUAGUCGUCAUAUAAAAAUACCUUAUUUGAACCAUCAUGAUAGAUUCCCAGAGCUGAGUGUGUUGAUAACUCAAUAAGAGAGCUCUUGACUGAAGAGGAGACCUCCUAAAAAAGAGUCUGUGGUCUUCAUAUUUAAUAUUGAGCAUUACUAUGAAUGAUUUUAUGUUUAUCCAUUAAGUAUAUUUCUUUUUUGUAUCACUUAUGGUGUGUUCUGAUCUUUAGGUGAAGAACUUAUGCUAUUCCCUUGGAUACCUUUAUUAUUAACCCAACAGGUAUGUGAUUGCAGCCCCAUAAUUGUUAGUGCUAUCCAGGAGCAUAGCCCAAGAGAUGUCUGGCGUCCUGGGAGGUCUGGAACAAUAUGGCAAUGAAAGUGAUGUUUGAUGUAAGUAGGAGUUGACUGGGCAUGUAAUAUGGAGAAGGACAGAGAUGGCCAAAGGAAACACAUAUGCAAAGACUGGACUUUACCCUGUGAGGAGAACUAUGAAUAUAUGUCUUUGGGCAGUCAUGUAUAAUGUAUUUAAAGGAGUGAAAUAUUAACUUGGUAAUAAUCAAGGGAACAGGUCAUUGUGCUCAACUAAGACUUAGAAUCUUGACAUGAGGGAAUGGAGACAUUCCUGGUAAGAUUUUGGAGGAUUUUAAGCAAGGGGAUUAGAUGGCAGCUAAGUGCGAGUAGAAUCAGGACAGAUACUCCAUUUGGAGAUUAUGGGAAUAGUUCAGAUGAAAAAUAAUAGGGCAUAAGCUUAGACAGUGGGGUGAGAGGAAAGAGCAAGAAGAAGUAUUUAGGAAGUUGGUUCAGUAAGUUUUGGGAACCAGCUGUCAAGUUACAAAUGUCUGUUAGGUAUCUUAUUUGGGGCGCUAGGUAGAUGGUGAUACCAAUUCUGCAAUCAGGGAGAAAUAGGAAAGGGUAGGAGUUUGAGAUGGGAGAUGCCUACAGGCAGAUCCUAUAAUGGAGGUCCAAGUAGUUUGGUUUACGAACCUGGGUCAGAAUAAGGAGAUCUGAACUAGAAAUUUAGAAAUGCAACAGAUGCUGUCCGUAUCCUAACCAUACUUCUUUGCCCCUUAACUGCAUCCUGACCCAUCUGUCCAUUGCCAGUUAGUGCCCUCUAAGGCUGCCCUCCAUGUGUUCAUGGCAAGCUGGAAGUGCUGAAGAUUUAAUGCCUUCCCAGGAGCAGCCCUCAUGCCUCGACUCUCAGGAGUUGUGAAUAAAUAACCCAGCUUAUUUGUCCCUCAACUAGAGUAUUUCUAUAGUGUGCUGUACACCAUUUCCUGGAGUUUCCCAACAGGACUUUGUUCUUUUGCCCUUGUGGUAUCUUGCUUGAUAAUGUUUACUUUAUUAACUCCCUUUCUUUCUUGUCUUCCUUGCUCCCCUAAUGUUUCCGAAUGAUGUUGGCAUUA